CCCACCCGCCACCGCUCUCCUGCCUUCCUACCGUCCUUCUCCUUCUCUCGCCAUGGCCACCGCCAGCCUCCCCUCCUUCGCCUCCUUCUGUUGCGCCGCCGCCACCGCCGAGAGCCGAUUCCAGCCGGACCCCUCGUGGCUCUGGCCCUGCGCCCUGGAGGCCCGCCUGCCCCCGGAGGAGGAGGAGCCUCGUUACCACGGCGACCCCGAGGAUGAGGAGGAGGACGGGGACCUGAACUCGGUGCUGGACCUGAUCCUGUCCAUGGGGGGCGGGGGCGGGGUCUACCCGGAGGAGGGGGCCCCUCGCCCGCCCUGCUGCGCCCUGGAGGGCCCGCCCUUCCCCGCCGCCUUCGAGGCCCCGCCCGCGCCCCCCCUCCCGGUGCAGGGGCGCUUCGUCUUCGUGCGGCCUGCACCCCCGAGCCCCGAGGCGCGCCUGGACUUUGGGCCCUUCGGGGCCUUCCCGGACGUGGCCCCCUCGCCGACCCCGCCGCCGACCCCGCCGGAGCCCAAGGCCAGGAGGGGCCGCCGCGCCUGGCCACGCAAGCGCCCCGCCGCCCACUCCUGCUCCUACGCCGGGUGCGGGAAGACCUACACCAAGAGCUCCCACCUCAAGGCCCACCUGCGCACGCACACCGGCGAGAAGCCGUACCACUGCAACUGGGAAGGCUGCGGCUGGAAGUUCGCCCGCUCGGACGAGCUGACCCGCCACUACCGUAAGCACACCGGGCACCGGCCCUUCCCUUGCCCGCUCUGCGACCGCGCCUUCUCCCGCUCGGACCACCUGGCCCUCCACAUGAAGCGGCACCUUUAAGGGGCGGACCGCCGGAAGUACGGCACGCGCGGGCCGGAAGUACGGCACUCCUGGACACAAAGGGGACCGGAAGUGUAUGUUCUGGAGCCCCUUUUAAAGGGACAGGGCGCUUCUGAUGUAAACAGAAACCAGCCAAGCACGUGACGAUGUGUGUCUGCACUGUAUAUAUAUAUAUAUAUAUAUAGAGAGAGAGAGAGAGAGAGAGAGACUGUUAUGUUUUUUAUAUAUAUUGUAAAUAGCGGGAGACAACAAUGGGCCCAUUCCUUUCGAUUAUUAUUUUAUAUAAAAAUAAUAAAAAUAUUGUAUAUAUAUUUAAAGAA